GCCUUUAACCGGUGCUGCCAGCGCAACUCCACAGAAAGGGCUGAAAGAGAGCGACUGAUAAGUCGGCUGGAAUACAGCGCUUGGUUUAUUUGUUUAUUAAAGUAGUCACUGAUACUCAGUAGUCAGUUCUUUCUGCUGUGCAAUGUCGUUCUUGAAGUAAAUCGCUUUGGAUGCUAUGAGAUUGGAGGUGGAUCCGUUUGGAGAUUGUGGUACAAAAAAUACACCAAUGUGGCUGUUACAGACUGAUGAGGACAACCUGUAGGGAUAAAUAUUCUCAGUUUUUUCUCAGAAGAAGGACUCCUCUAAUGGAUUAUGGACCUGGUGAAGUCAACUACCUAUUAGUUAUUAGCCAACUGAGAAAGAAGAGGUGCAACUGCUGUGAAACUCUAUCAUAUGGCUUGUAUUAAAGAGCAGAAUUGGAUUGAGGGGCGCCUGUGCUCAGGAUAUGAACGCGCCUAACUUCAGGACAGGAGACUUGACAAACCUUUCUGGAGUAGUCGAAGAUUCCCAGGGCUACAAUUAUUUCAUGCAGUUGGACAACCCAUUCAAUAAGAAGCUCCAGGCAUUAAAGGGGAAUAUGGGACCUCCAAUCCCCCAUGGGCAGGCAGCGCCAGCCAGACCCAAGAUGGGUGUCCGGGCAAGAGUGUCAGACUGGCCCCAGCGGAAGGAUGGCUGGGAGGCCUGCCCUCCACCGAGGUAUGACAGCCUAGUGCCAUCUGACCAAAACAUGGACGCCAUCCCCGGAAAGAGUCAGGAGUUGCUUAACAGCACAGACUUUGAAGAGACCAAGUACCCGCUCUGCGACCUCUUAAACCAUUCACCUAUGAAAGGCUUCGCUAGAGUGAAGAGGAGCAACAGCGAAGUCACCAUAAGUGACAUCGGAGCUGAGGAUAUUGAUCAUACCACUAUCAACCCCAAUACGGGGGCUACCUUGCGCCGUGAGUACGGGAGCACUUCCUCCCUAGAUCGGCAGGGUCUGUCCGGUGAAGGUUUCUCAGCCACGUUGAGGGGUUACCACCCAGAAGUUGCUGACCAACCCAGUGCACCUCCUCCACAAAGCUUCCCUGAACUUUUGCGUUUCAACACCGCCCUGUCCCCAAGUCUUCAGACUGCUGCCCAGAUUGCGCGAGGAGACAUUGUCUGCAUACCGGGCUACGACUACGUUGACAGUUCCCUCCUCUAUAGCCGAGAGAGGGAGCGCUCAUUCAUCCAGCGGAUGAAGUCCGAAAAGGUGGAAACCUCAAUCUUCCGGAGACUGAAGACUAUGAAAAGCGAGGGAGACUACCUAGAUCAGGAGGAUGUCGGGAGGUUCGGCAGGCCCCUUAGUUACCAGAAGUGUUUUGCCCACUAUGAUGUCCAGAGUGUCCUAUUCAACAUUAGCGAAGCUGCUGCUAACCGUGCUGACCUUGGCCGGAGGAAGAACACCACCACAGGGGCUUCAGCAGCCUCCCAAUGCCAGGCCUCUGGGACAGGGGACACCGUCAUGCCCAUACCCAUCUGUGAAUCGCCGGUGGGCAGCUGCGAAGACCUUGGACACAAAGCUAGCAUGGAAGCAGAUGAGGGGGACGGGAAAGGCAAUCAUUUGGUUCUCAGCUGCCCUUACUUUCGUAAUGAGACUGGGGGUGAGGGGGAAAGGAAGUUGGCUUUGCCCAAGGCGAAUAGCGCCACCUAUGGGAGUGUAGGAGAGGCUUAUACACUUGAAUCAACGCUAAGUACCCGCUGCACCAAUGCAGGUGUGUCAGUGCUAGAGAUGCCAAGGGAGAGCCAAGCCUUUCCUCGAGACAUGAUGAAGCGCUACACCAUUGAGCAUGUUGAUCAAGGAGCAUACUACUACCACAAGUACUUUUACAAUAAAGAUCACCAGAACUACUUUGGCACAGAUGAGACCUUGGGUCCAGUGGCGGUCAGCGUCCGUAGGGAAAAACUGGAGGAAGGAAAAGAUGGCACACAGUACAACUACCGUGUCACCUUCAGGACUAGUGAGCUCACCACCCUCCGGGGAGCCAUCCUUGAGGAUGCGGUCCCUUCCACGGCCAAGCACGGUACGACUAAGGGCUUACCGUUGAAAGAGGUUCUGGAGUAUGUGGUACCAGAGCUGAAUAUUCAGUGUCUUCGGCUGGCAAUCAAUUCACCCAAGGUGCCUGAGCAACUUCUGAAACUGGACCAGCAAGGCCUAAGCUUUCAACACAAGGUGGGAAUCUUGUACUGCCGGACGGGGCAGCGAACGGAGGAAGAAAUGUACAACAAUGAGAAUGCCAGCCCUGCCCUGGAUGAGUUUCUAGAUCUGCUGGGUCAAAGAGUGAGAUUGAAGGGCUUCACCAAGUAUAGGGCGCAACUUGACAACAAAACGGAUUCCACGGGAACCCACUCUCUCUACACCAACUAUAAAGAUUGUGAGCUGAUGUUCCAUGUAUCCACACUGCUCCCAUACACUUCCAAUAACAGACAACAGCUACUGAGAAAGAGACAUAUUGGAAACGACAUAGUCACAGUCAUUUUCCAGGAACCUGGUGCUCUUCCCUUCACUCCAGUAAACAUCCGCUCACACUUUCAACAUGUCUUCAUCAUAGUCAAAGUACACAACCCCUGCACUGAAAAUGUUUGCUACAGUGUUGCAGUCACCAGAUCAAAAGAUGUUCCCGCUUUCGGUCCACCCAUCCCACAGGAAGUGAUGUUCCCAAAGUCAGCAGUGUUCCGGGACUUCCUCCUGGCCAAAAUGAUCAACGGUGAAAAUGCGGCUCACAAGUCAGACAAGUUCCGUGCCAUGGCCAUGCGCACGAGACAAGAGUACCUGAAAGACUUGGCCGAGAAUUUUGUCAGCGCCACCCCGGUGGACUCAUCUGGCGCAAAGUUCAGCUUCAUCACGUUGGGCGGCAAAAAGAAGGAGCGUACAAGACCUAGGAGGAACAGCCACCUGCAGAGCACAGGGGCGGUCACCUGGGCCGUGGUGGCCCGGGACUUUGGACAGUCGGCAGACAUUGGCUGCCUGUUGGCUGUCUCCAACGAGUUUGUGGUGCUGAUCGAGGAGGCAUCCAAAGAGGUGGUUUUUAACUGCUACUGUCGGGACGUCAUUGGUUGGAGCACGUUAUGUGGGAGUGUCAAGCUGUUCUACGAGCGUGGGGAAUGCGUGGUGUUUUCUGUUCAGGAGGGAUGUUGGGAUGACGUUCGGGAGAUCAUGCAACGCCUGGAGAUUGUCACCCGUGGCUGUGAGACAGUGGAGAUGACCCUGCGGAGAAACGGUCUUGGCCAACUUGGCUUCCACGUCAACUUCGAGGGAGUUGUGGCCGAUGUGGAGCCAUUCGGUUUUGCUUGGCAGACUGGGCUACGUCCCGGCUGCCGAUUGGUGGAGAUCUGCAAGGUGGCUGUUGCAUCGCUGUCUCAUGAGCAAAUGAUUGACCUGCUCCGCACGUCAGCUGCCGUCAGUGUGGUCAUCGUUCAUCCGUAUGAGGAUGGGACUCCAAGGAGGAGCUACACUGAACUGUACCGCGUGCCAAUGGUGGAAUAUAAAGUGGAUCACGAAGGAGCACCCACCCCCUUCAGAAUGACCACUGCUGCCUGGCAUCGGGUCUCCGCCGUUCCCGGCGGUCCACCCUUAUCCCGUGCCUCACCGACCCAAGGGCCCAGCCCGGGACAGCAGAUGUUCCAGUACGUCCAUGGCACCAUCUCCCGCAGCACCUCCUUCGACAGGAAGCUACAGGAUGGAACCAGCGUUAAGGAUUAUGAGAUAUCUCCCACCCCUUCAUGUAGCAGAGGGGAAACAGGCCAGCUCUACUGUAGCUCUCCCAGUAACCAGUCCACCUCCAGCGAUCCAGGACCAACUGGCACCUGGUCCCAGAAACUUGCCAUUAACGGGUCUCAGUCCCCUGCUCUCCUUGACCCACCUGUUGAUAAGGAGGGAGAGAGUCGGAGUGAGGGAGAGCCCAAGCUUGAGAGGACCAGGUCUGCAGAGGCCAAGUGGCACCAUCCCUCCACAAAGAUUCUGAACAUGAGGGAAAGAAGCCAACCAAGACAGGGAGCUAAGGACUCCAAGUUCCAACGUUCUGGUGACAAGGGGUGCUCCAGCCACUCGAGCAGCAACACCCUCUCCAGCAACGCCUCCAGUGGCAGCAGUGACGACAAGCGCUUCGGUUCCGGGGAUCCGAUGGACCCAGAGUCCCUGGGUCUCACGUACAUCAAGGGGGCAUCCACCGACAGUGGCAUCGACACGGCCCCCUGCAUGCCCCCUCCUCCUCCGCCACUUGCCGGGGGCGUCCCCGCAGCCUCCAGGCUGGUACUGCAGGACUGCAGAGGGGAGCAGUGGCCACUCGAGUACCCAGGGGGAUACCACGCAGCAGGGACCCCUGAUGGAGGGCUGCCCCAGGGCUUCACGCAGGCCACCUCUGCUGGGAAUGUGACCGAUGGAAGUCUGGGAGAUCUGAGUGAGAUUUCCUCCAUGUCCAGUGGGUCUCGACACUCCGGCAGCCCCUCAGAGCGUGCAUUGAAGACAGCCUCUUCCACAGACGCAUCCAGAGUCUACAUUGUCUCACCUGGUGACACAACAUCUGGGGCAGGGCUUAUUGGUCCCGCCCACCCCCGCCAGUCACCAGGAAAGGAGUACCUGAUGGGCUGGAAGAAAGCAGAGGAUGGUACCUUAGUGGAGGAACCACAAAGGCCAAAAGACCUUGCUGGAGUGGAGAGCGUUUUGUCUUUUCUACUUAAGACACUGACGCUGAGAUCCAGGCUCCGUGCCGUGUUUGGCACAGACGGCCAGCUCCAGCCCGGCCUGAACAGGGAGUCCUUCCUGAAGAUGAUGCUGCCCGACAGCCCCCUUGGGCAGCAGGGCCCGGGGAAGACACUCACCGGAUGCCAUGGCUUCUUGCCUGCAUCUCCGCGGCGUUCCCUCUACCGAACCCUGUCCGAUGAGAGCCUGUGCAGCCAUCGACGGACCCUUUCAUUGGUCAACUCACGGACCUCUCUCCUGGACCAGUCCCUGGCCAACGAUAUCCUGUUCAGCAGCGCAGCACCGUACCACAGCACCCUGCCCUCUCGCAUGGGCCUCCGCAUCGGGCAAGGACUGCACAAAAAUGAGCUUUGGUUUUCUGACGGUUCCCUGGCCGAAAGGGCCAAAAUGGCAGAUGGCAGCCUGAUUCCUCUCCCAGACACCACCUCUGGCCUAGACUGGUCUCACUUGGUGGACGCAGCCCGGGCUUUCGAAGGUCUGGAGCUUGACAAGGAGGCCAGUAGCUUGUGUCUAAAGAAAGACACUCUAGCCGACCAGUCAUCGUUGUGUUCCAUGUCAGAUGCCGAUCAAGCCCAGCAGGCCCUGGAACUCUCCCAGGAGCUUAGCCGGAGAGUGGCUGCCUCUGAGAGCGCUUCCCUAGAGCUAGGGGAGAGUGCUCCUGCUCUGCUCACCGGCAAAGUCAAUCAGCUGGAAGAGAUCCUCAUGCAGCUCCAGUACGACCUCCGAAAGGAGCAAGAAGACAAGGCCAUGCUGCAGGAGCAGGUCCAACACUUGCGUCAGGACAACCAACGUCUGCACGAGGAGAGCCAGACGGCAGCCGCCCAGCUCAGGAAGUUCACCGACUGGUUCCUCCACUCAGUCGACAAAAAACCCUGAGCUGCACAACAUACAUAUACACACAUACACACACAUACACACACACACACACAGAUUUACUACGACAUUGCUAACACCCCACACUAACUGAGCCAGUGCCCAUGUUUGAUAAACAGUUACUGGGUAUAAUAAGUGAAAUAUUGUAUAUUUGAAUGCCAACGUUAAUAGAAAAGUAGUGAACUAGCAUCCUAAUACCAAUAGUCAUGGUUUGAAAGCAAAACCUUGUGAGUUGUUAACUAAAAUCGUAAUUUGAGGGUUGAGGGUUAGUUGUGACUAACAUGUCUGCAAUGACAUGAACUCGUAACAGAGUUGACAGUAAGAUAAAGGAAUAUUAUGGAAAGGAAGGGAAGAUUGUAUCAGAGCUGUUGGGACUAUUUGCAUAUUUAAGAAGGAACGUGAAUUAAAUGAAAGAAUGUAACUUAUGUAAAAUCCUAUUCUUUGCUAGAUGACAAGUGUAUUGGUUCCCUGUCAGAAAACAGACACAAGUCAUUUUCAACUUCAGCUCUAUUCCACAGAUCCCCCUUAUAAGAUAUUAAAGCAUUCUGGAACAGGACCUAACCACAGUGUCCUUUUUAGUUGAAUAAAAGUUUUGAUACUGUAAGUAAUUUUGUAGGUUCACCGCUGUAAAAUGUCCAAGCAAUAAAUAUGGUAAUAGUCACAAAACUGUUAUUUAUGGUUAGCACUGAUUGUGGUGUUGUCAAGAUGCGGCUGUGUUUGACUUAUUUUUGACAUAUUUAUUUUGCAGGAACAAAAAUGUGCCUGACUUAACCAGUGGUGUAUGGGUAGUCUCUUCAAUUGUUGUAAUUGCACAUCAUUCUUUUCUUUGUCUCAUCACACCCAGUCCACAGCUCACCAUCAUUGUCUAAGAGUAAGUUGUUCAAUUGAACCCUUCACCACAACCUUGGUAUGCAUUGCAUUGUAUUGUAUGGGUAAUUUAUAAGCCUUGCUCAUAGCAUAUUGGACUUUGUUAGAUUUCUUUUUUAAAUAUAUAGUGACCCUGAAUUUCAUCAUUUCAAGAUGAUUUAAUUGUCAUAUUGUGUAGUACAUUGACAUGAUGACAAACCCUCAUGCAGUAUAACCUUUGGAUUCAAGUUGUGUUUUAAUUUUGCCAUAGAUAAUCCUAUUUGUAUGCAGUUAUCCCAGAACACAAUGUACCAGAUGGAUCCAGAUCUGUGAAGCCACUUUUUAAUUUGUCUUUUAUAAGACAAAUAGUGUUUGAUGUUUUUUGUACAGUACUUUAGAGAAAGCAUCUUGUAUUUAACACUUUUAUUUAAACCUAUUCAACCCACCUUUUUCUCUUUUUUUUUCUUUUUUAAUAAACAAGAUAAUUUUGUUCCUUUUGCACUAAAAUGAAUAGCUCUGUUUUUGAAAUAUGUGUAUAGAUGGCAAGAGAAGAUAUAUAAAUAUAUACAUAUUAAAUGGGGUUAUUUCCGGAAAGUCCAACAUUUGGAUGCUGCUAGAGAUCAGCUUGUUGUUUUUUAUGCUUUUAAUUCUUUGUAAAAUGUUCUGUUAAAUAUGGAACAAAAACGUUUGCUUUUUUUAAAUAAAUGUAGGUUGUUGGAAAUAAACAAACAUUCCUGAUUG